AUGGCCAAACGGUGCUCCAGUAAUACUGCUGGAACAAUGUCCGAAUUUCGCAUCUGUUUCAACGACCAAGACUUAGAUGAGGAGCGUCAGUCUAGCCGCAUUGAUACAGCUGAUGAGCACCGUUAUGAUAGUGACAAAAUGAGUCUUACCAAGAAAAGAGAAGGCGUUGAAGAACUUGGUUCUCUGGAAUCCAGCUCUGAGAUCGCACUCCGGAAGGAGCAAGAUCAAUACAUACGACAGCUUCAAACGUAUUAUGACAACCUGUUGGCCAAGCAUGCAUUGGCUGAAGUAACAAUCGACCAGCUACGCCUCGGACCCCAGAUGCGCUGUAAGAUGGCAUCAUCCUCUGCCUCCUCUGUCAUGGUAGGAUCUCGACCGUCUCUUGAUGGCACUUCGGCAUAUCCUACGGGCUCAGGACGUGGCCUGCCAUGGCCAUUCUGUCUUCCUGAAUUGGCCGGCUCCACUGGAAUCGCAUCUUCGACCCUAAAAUCACGCCAGACUUCCGGCAUCUGCCAACCUGUCGGUCCUGGUCUCAUAGAUUCGAGGGCUUCUGGAGCCGGAGCUGUUGACUCUCUUUCCUCUUUGCCUGAGGUUCCAGAUUGGCUUUGGCCAGCUUCCUCGAUUGGGGGCCUUUCCGCGUGUGUAAAACGUGGAGUUGUUCAUACACCAUCCAACUCUGAAAUCCCGCCACAAAUUGCUGGCCGAUACGCAUCCAGCCCUCAUCUUUUUUUGGCUGGUGCGCCUGGAUUAUCUUCAUUAGCUGGCCAUAGUCAAGUUCUUCAGACUCCACUCAAGCAAGGUUAUUCGGCAUCGCUUCUUUCUCAAGGCCAGCACCAUAUCAGUGAGAGACCAAUCGGCCAUUCUUCAGCAGGUCAUCAUCGCCAGGUCUCGAAUGGAUCUGACACUAUCAAGGUUGGUGGCAUAUCCGGUCCCUCUCAACUGCAACAGAUUGACUUGAUGGUACGCCUUUCCUGUCUCAAUGAGGCUUUAGAUGGUUUAUGUAGGCGGCGUUGCCAGAAUGUAUCAGUUUCUGCCUCUCCUACUGCUUCAGCUUCGGGCCUAGCAUCUGCUUCAGCGUCUAUUUCAGCAUCAGGCCUCACUGGCGAGGCGGCUCAGCGGUUGGAUUCGGCUCGAGACGAGUCAAAUUUGGCGGCUGACAGCGCUACUCUCAAAUAUUUGAUGCUUGAGUUUGCCGCCUUGAAAACUGAUUGUGUUCGACUGAAGCAGCAAGCGGAUUUGCGAACCAUGAAUCCAGCUUCUGGUUGGUCCUCUUGUUUGCCCCUCUGUGGGCUUAGGUUUAUGCGCAUUCACAUAAUCAACCAAUAG